AUGGGGCGAGACACGAAUCAGGAGACAAAUAUGGCUAGACUGGCAUGCAGAUUUUCAAGGCUCUUCUUCCCCUUUUCAGGAGGCACAGUACCGCGCCGGCUGGGCGCAUCGGAAGUACAUCGGCCAUCUACUAGUUUCCAAGCCAUCUGGGCAAGCUCUGUGGACACAUGUACGGGUUAUGAGACUGUGCGCUGCAGUGGGAUGUACCCCAUUGCGACCACGUAA